AUGUUGAGACAAUUCACAAAUGACAAGGAAUUGGUGAGGCAUGCAGUCACCCGAUUUGCCACUUCAUUUCUCUCUUUGGAAAGGCUUUAUGAGGAGAAAGGAAAUCUAAGAAGAAUGUUCGCUUUGGAUGAGUGGGUAAGGAAUAAGUUGUCAAGGGAGGCAAAGGGAAGGGAGGCAACAAAGGUUGUUAUUAGGCCCUCCUUUUGGAAUCAUGUCAAGUACACCCUUAAGAUCAUGGGGUCUCUUGUUCGGGUGCUUCAACUUGUUGAUGGGGAGAAGAAGCCGCCAACGGGUUAUAUAUAUGAAGCAAUGGAGAAGGCAAAGGAAUGUAUCAUGAAAACAUUUUCUAAUGAUAUGGAAUUGCCAACUUCAUGGUCGGUUGCAUGCAACUGGUCAUUUCUGAAUCUGGAGUUGUUUUAUGAUAAUCCUCGCAUUGAAUUGGAUUUAGAAGUUACAAAGGAUGCAUUUUGGUGGCGAACAUAUGGGCAUGAAGCUCCAAACAUGCGAGACCUUACUAUCAAGAUCUUGAGCUUGACUUGUAGUGCUUCUGGAUGUGAGCGCAAUUGGAGUAUAUUUGAGCAUAUUCAUACUAAGAAAAGAAAUAGGCUUGAUCAUGAAAGGAUAGAAAGCUUGGUCUUCAUAAAGUAUAACCAACAACUUAUCGAGAGGUACAACCUUAAAGAUGAAGUUGACCCUAUUGCACUCAAUGACAUUGAUGAGUGUAAUGAGUGGUUAGUGGGAGAAAUUAGGACUGCCACCUUUCGAGAUGAUGAUAAUAUGGAUGAUGAUGCUGAUUUGGUUUAUCAAGAUUACAACAGUUUGAGUUAG